AUGAUUGCUGAUAAUACAGAAGAUUUAUUUAUAUGUGGUAAAUGUCGUACGAAUUUUACCGAUUUAAAUGCUUUUCUAACUCAUCGAUCUACUUGUAAUAUUCAACAAUCAUCAAAUGUAUUUCCUUUAUCAAAUAGUCCAUCAUCAACAUUACUUGAAAGAGAAUUAGAUGCAAUUAUUCAAGAUGUUUCAUUAACUAUUUCAUCGACACCAAAUUUAUUUUAUGAACCUAUUCAUACAGAAGUUUCAUCAACAAAUGAAUUUGACUUAUUAUUCUCUCAACCUGUUGAACAAGAUACUAUUGAUAAUGAAAUAAUCAAUACUAAUGUUUCUGAUCCAACAGAAACUUCAUGUAUUGAAAAUGGUAUGUCUCAAAUGAGUCUAUUAGAAUGUCCUGUAUGUGAUGAACAAUUUGAUGCACCAAUAAUAUUAGAAAAUCAUGUUUUUGAGCAUUCAACUUGGAUUGAUGAAAAUGAAAAUACUAGUUCUAAAUUGGGUUUACUUGUUGAUGAUUCAUCAUCGAGUUAUACAGAUGUACUCGACGAACAGUCUAAUACGCCAUUAGAAUGUAAACAAUGUACGGUUACAUUUGCUUCAAAUGCAUCGUUGAAUGUGCAUAAAAAAAUGAGUAAGACUACAUAG